AAUCUCUCUCUCUCUCUCUCUCUACUUUUUUGUUCUUAUGAUCCCAGUUUGCUUCUUUUGUUUCUGAAACGUGAUCUUUGAUUCUAGUGACUACUUUUCUUUGUGGGUUUUUGGGUUUUUUUGUUUAGCUUUCUAUGUAGACUGAACCGGAUGAUUGGUUGCAGCCGGCUUUGUCUUUUCAUGCACAUCAAACUCAGGCUUUGCUAGAACAUGGGUUUUCUUGUUUUGAGUAUCAAUGCUAAGUUUGAGGGUUCUGUGUAGUGUAAUCUGGUCCAAGACGAUUCUCUUUGUAUUUCAUGAAGUUUUCUAUUACGUGUUUUCGAUUUUGGUAGUUAUGGUUGCGCAAUUUCUGUUGUAAUUUGAGAAAAGUGUUCUGUGUAGUGUAAUCGUCCGUUCAUCCAUUGCACCUUUUCCAAGAUUGUGUGUUGUUCUUUGCUUGAAUUGUGAUGAAUUAAUAAGGCAGGGUGUGAUGUGAUUAGGGUGUGUGGGUUUUGUGUUCUGUUUCUAUGUUGGUUUCUCUGGUUUGACUAUUUUGAAUUGCAAUUUGAUGUGGACAGUGGUUUCAAGCUGAAGUAAGAAGAAAGGUGCAAUGGAUAACAGGGAUGAUUCAAAUGACAAGGACAAAGGGUUGUUUUCACAUCUUGCUGGAUAUGCUGCCGGACAAUACUCACAUGGAGGAUCAUACCCUCAUCAAGGAUAUGGAUAUCCCCCACAAGGAUAUGGGUACCCCCCUGCAGGCGGCUACCCUCCUCAUGGAGGUGGUGGCUAUCCUCCACAUGGUGGUUAUCCUCCAUCUGGAUAUCCUCCUCCUGGCGGUUACCCGCCAUCGGCUUAUCCUGGCCCUAGUGGAUAUCCACCAGCUGGGUAUCCUGGUUCACAUCAUACAGGGCAUGGACCUAACAUGGGAGGUAUGCUAGCUGGGGGUGCUGCUGCUGCUGCUGCGGCUUACGGGGCUCACCAUCUUGUGCACGGGAGUCACCAUGGGGGUUACCAUGGCUAUGGUCACGGGAAGUUCAAGCAUGGCAAACAUGGGUAUGGUCAUGGGAAAUUCAAGCAUGGCAAGCAUGGGUUUGGCCAUGGGAAAUUUGGCAAGCGCUUUGGAUUUGGAGGCAAGUUCAAGAAAUGGAAGUAAUAUAUAAGAUCUAAAUGUGGCUUUGUAAGAGAUGUCAUAUUACAAUUGCCUUUCUCACAAUUGCUUCAGAUGAAUAGUGUUUUUGAGUUUGGUAUUGCAUACUGGAGUAGUUUGUUUGCUUAUGAUGUUAGUAUGUCCGAGUUCUUUCUGCGACUGUUUGCAUAGGUAACUCCUAUCUUUUUAUCUUCCUUUGCAA